AUGGUUGAGUUAACAGAAAUUAAAGAAGAAAACGCCAAUGUUGAAGUUGACGGUCAAUCUCAGCCAAUAGUUGAAGAUUCUAUUGUCAAUGUUACUAAUAAACAAGAAUCUGGUGAGCUUUCAGAUGAUGAAUUUGAUAGUGAUUUCGAUGAUGAUUUCAAUGAAAAUGAAACUUUAUUAGAAAGAUUAUCAGCUUUAAAAGAUAUUGUACCACCAAAGCAAAGAAAUAUUGUAAGCAAUUGUUAUACAAAGACAACAAGCAUCAUUAAAUCUAUCUUUGCAAAGACUGGUUCUGUGACUUGGGCUUUAACAACUUCUGCUUUAUUGUUGGGUGUUCCAUUAUCUUUAUCUAUAUUAUCUGAACAACAGUUGAUUGAAAUGGAAAAAUCAUUUGAUUUACAAAAAGAUGCUAAUGACAUUUUGGCUCAAGGUGAUUCUCAAACUAAUACUAAUCCAUUAGCUUAA